AUGGAACUCUACACCACAUCGUUUACUUAUCCGCGUCGCUCACGACCCGCUCAUUCUCCUGCUUCCUCGCUCGACUAUGCAUCUGGCCUCAGACACACCGACUCCUACUCCCAGCUUCAACAACAAUACGCUAACCACAAUAAUUUCAACUCUCAGGGGACUGUGUCCUCCUCCUCCUAUGAUGCCGUGGAGCAGCUCGUAGUUAGUGUCAUGAACGCGUUUGGGGUUCGCGUUUCCAUCGCCCCUGCCGACCAAGGCAGGGCAUGGAACUUCCAGGUCUCAGGCGCGUACCAGCAAGUGAUGUUAGCCAGAGCCCACAUUCUAAAAGAGUGCCCUGUUCAAAAUCGUGCGACUAUCAAGGUCGUACGCUCAGAGAUCCUCGACGCACCCGCUUCCCCGAGCCCCGGUUUGAAAUCUGAAGUUCGCCGUCGUCUUGAUGACAUCGCAUCUCAAACGUUGGCGAACAUUGCUGUCGUCAAUGGUGCAGAAUCCCUUUCUACGCGUAGCCUUCCGGAGGGCAUCAGCGCUACUACUGGAUGGGUGGGCUUAGAGUCAGAGCGUGUGUGCGAGCUGGUCAUUACGGGCCAUGGCGAUUCAGUCGACCUCGCUCGUGUUCGACUCCUCGUCAUGUUGGAUGAGCUGAGCGGUCUGUAUGUUGAGCCUGUUGAGAUUGACCGCAAACUUCAUGCGAUGAUUGCUGGACGCAAGCGGGCUACACUUCAGUCUAUCCAGGAGGAGACAGCAACAAACAUAUAUUAUCCUUCCCCGCUGCAGGGCGUCGUUGGUCCUGAACUCGGGCAGACUGGACAGAAUCCUUCGCUGCCGUCUGCGGCCACCAGUGCGGCCACCAUAUGGAUUACAGGUGAACAUGUCAACGUGGGGAGGGCUCGUGACAUGCUUCUGAACUUAAUGGUGACCAAGAAGCAUCAAGUGCUCACACGGGACACUACUCUCCUGCCACGCAAGAUGGACUGGAUGAUCACUGAACGUGCUGAUGACUUGAAGGCGUUCAUGCAUGAUAAUGCCACUUUCAUCGAGUUUCCCCCCAUCGGGACUCAGAGACCCGUGGUUGUAUACGGAGAUCAGAGGGUGAACAUUCAUAGGACCAUACGUUCUAUGAUGCAGCUUGCAUGUCAGUUCUACACUGCGUACAUCUGGCUUCUUCAACCGCAGUUCAACGUUUUGAUACCGUCUGCCGGCUUCCCGCCUGUCCAAGCAGCGGCCAUCUCCUCGCAAAUCUCUCUGACCACGGGUGCGGAGGUCAUCUUCAAAGGAAUGUGUUUCGAGAUCCAUGGCAUGGAAAACGAAGUCCGCAAUACCGUAUCAAUACUCUUGGACCGGGAAAUUGUCCAGCAAUUCAAUCACGAGAUACGGUUCCAGAUCGAGCUCGCCAACGAGCAUCGCGAGUUCAUCAGUGGCAAGAAGAACGGCAAAAUCAACAAAAUCAUGCAGACCACGAAUGUCAAGAUCAAGUUCGAAACGUUGAAUGAGCACAACUUCCUCAUCGAUAUCUCGGGCAACGACGUCGCUGUCCUGCAAGGAUUGACUUUACUUCAGGAAGAGUUGCCAGCCGAAAUCUCUUUCCAUGUUCCGGAAUCGUAUCACAAGCGUAUCAUCGGUGUUGGCGGACGAAGCAUCCAGCGCAUCAUGAAAAAGUAUGGCGUUUAUGUGAAGUUUUCGAAUGCGGAGGAAUUUGCAGCGAUGGGUGGCUAUAUCGACAACGAAGAUAAUGUCAUCGCGAGGACCCCCGCUAAGAAUGCCAUGAACUUGGAGAACCUGAAACAGUCCGUAAUGGAACUGGUAAAUCCUAAGGAUAAGGACUACAUGAAUGACACGGUAGCGAUCCCCCGGAAGUAUCAUCGCACUCUUCUAGGUGAAAAGCACAUUUUCAUUCACGACAUCGAGGCGAAGACCAACUCGACCGUGCGCUUCCCCGACAAAGAGAGGGCGUCUGACAUGAUUACAAUCUUUGGACCCGAAUCACAGAUUCACAUCGCCGCCACUAUGCUUUUGGAUCAUGUACCGUUCGAGGCCGCUGUGGCUGUCCCCCCUCACCCGGAGUUGACUCGCAUCUGCGCAUCUUCCGACUUCACUGCGUUCGUCGAGCGCAUCAAGGAGGAAUAUCAAGUAAUCAUCUCCCCUCCGGGUUCUCCGUCCGAUUCGCCUUCGGAGUGUUGGUUCAGAUUCAGGUGCCAGCGCAGCAACAGCGACCACUUGAGCACGACCCGCGAGUUGUUGGACCAAUUCCUUGUGAAUCACAAUGUCCACCUCUAUCCUUCCGUCACGCCACGCACUCACCAACGCACGGACUCAUUCACGGAUGCCUUCCCUCACUUCGACAGCAAGGUGCUCUCGACUGCCAGAACACGUCACCAGAACUCGGCUGAUCUUGGACGCCCAUCUGAGGCCAUGAUUGACAGGCGCCUUCGUAUGGCCAGCUCUUCCCCAGAUGUCAAGGCUCUUUUCAAUAACCCCGCCCCGCCGACUUACAUCUAUCAUCUCGAGGAAGAGGAUGACUUCGAGCCAUCGUCCAACUAUGUACCUGGUCCCUCCAACGAAAUAUGGGGUGCUCCUAUGGCCCCCAUUGGCUCUGGUCUACCCAACCGGCGUGGCGGCGAGGAUGCACUCAAGCGUGGUUCGGACUCAUUACUGGAGGCGAAGCUGAAGGACAACCUUGCGAAGCCGCGGUCUCUGACUAAUCGUGCCCAGUCGCUCGAUCUCACGUACUCCCUCACGCGCAUCAACGAGGUCCCCCGCCAUUCAGGCCUGUCCCGCCCGGACUCGCCCGACACCGCGACGGGGACCGGCACCGGCACGAACGGUAGCUCAAGCCCGAUUUCUGCCACGGCGCCGUCGUUCCCGAGCGUGUACGGUCCGCCUGCGCGCACUGCCGGUAUGCCUAGCUCCGCUCACGCCUCGCGCGCAGGCUUCGCUAUGGACCAGGACGCCAUGGACGAGGUGUCGCGUGUCAUCUCUAACCUGGGCCUCUAAAGCCCUAGCCCCUUCGAGCUUGGAUACGUUCCAUAAUUCUGCGGUACUCGGGACUGGUGCCUCGCCAAAGGACGUUCUUCGUUUUUACUGUCCGCCGCCGUACAUAGCUUCAAAACGAGUUCCCAAUUGUUCGCUGUAGCAAAAAUCCACAAUGGACAUUCGACUCGCACGGACCAGUUCCGUUUUUCCUUUCCUAUCCUCUCUUUGCCGUCUUUCUCGUCUCCUGUCUUGUGUCCGCGCCGCGUCCUCAUGCAGCCUCACGCAUCACAUCACAUCCAGUCCCUCUGUCCUGUCUGUCGCAUGCUCAUCUACGUUAUAUAUGACCUACUAGCUAGACUCGCUUGCUUCAUCUACCUCUAUUCACCUCGCUCAAUCUCUGUCGUAUUCAUCGCUCGUCUAACAUCGCUUACUUAUUCGCGUCGUCGCUCGCGGCUCGCAUG